AUGGUUCCGAAAAAACCAUCUUUUGAUCUGGAUCGCUCCGGAUAUCCACAUCCCACUGACCAUGUCCGAGAUAUCUUCACGAGUACCUGCAAGACUGCCCUCUCCCAGAAUAUUCCCUGUCACCCUUACCUGCAGAUGAAGUUUGAGAACCCCGGUAUUGGUCAAUAUAUCGAUAACAGUACUCUAGCAGAUGAUAUCUGCGAUGAGGGCUGCGGGGAGUCUCUAAAGAGCUGGAUGGACAAUGUUUCCCACAGCUGUUUCAAUCAGACCAUUGACGAUACCGACCCUACUGCAGCCGGUGGCUACAUCUACGCAGGUUACAAUCUGACCUGUUUGAAAGACCCAUCAACCCAAAAGUACUGUCCAGAUGUCCUGACACCCUUCACUGUCCUUGAUAGUGUUAGGUCCAUGACCUUGUCAGAGAUGUGUUCGUACUGCUUCACUACCUCUCUGCAAAUGAGACAAGCCAGUCCCUACGCAGCCUACACCGAAGACGACAAGGAGAACUUGGAGAUUCUCCAAGGCGAAUGCGACCUCUCCGGCCCAACAGACCUCCACGCACCUCUCUACACCACCGACGAGGUCGAGACAGCUUUCUGCGCAUCAGGCAUAACACACACCACCGCAGACGGCCAAACAUGCGAUAGCCUUGCCACUCAAUACCACAUCGCUUCUGCAGCCAUUCAAAUCGGCAACCCGAUGCUCGUGAACAAUUGCACCGAGCUGGUCCCCGACCGCGAUCUAUGCAUUCCCCUCAGCUGCGACACCCAGUAUACUCUCCAAGACGACAACACCUGCGAGUCGAUCGAAUGGGCCCAGCGAAUCAAAGUCGGUGACAUCCGCAAAUAUAACUCCUGGAUCAAAGCCGACUGCACAAACCUCCAAACCACCCGUCCCGUCCACGGUAGCGUUCUCUGCCUCUCACCCCAAGGCGGCAGCCAUAAUGCUACGGGUAGUAAGUCCAUCGCGCCUGCGAUCAGUAGCGGUUAUACCAAUGUUAUCCGAUAUGCGCCUUACAACGCGACCGUGGCAAAUGGAACGACCUGCUAUUGCGGGAAAUGGUUUACCAUCCAGGAGGGGGAUACUUGCGCUACUAUCUGCGUCAAGCAGGGGUUGUCCUCUGACCUUUUCAUGGCGGUUAAUCCUUCAUUUUCGAGCAGUGAUUGCGAUGGCAGUUUGCAAGUUGGGUACACGUAUUGUGUUGGGCCGGACUUUCAUUGGGAUGAUCCAGAUUUUUGGGAUGAGGAUAGAUCUACGGGAGUCCCACCCGCCCCGAACCAAUCGGAGCCUCCUUGA